AUGCUGUCUACCGCCGUUCAGAUCCUGGCGUUCGCUCUGGCGCUCCUGGGCGUCCUCGGUGCCACUGUAGCCACUCUGCUACCCAACUGGAAGGUGAGCAUCAACGUCUGGUCCAACAUCAUGACCCCCAUCUCGCAGAUGCAGGGUCUGUGGAUGGACUGCGUCUGGUACAGCUCCGGCGUCUUCAGCUGCACCAUGAAGAACUCGGUGCUGUCGCUGCCGGCUUAUCUGCAGACCACACGGGCCGCUAUGGUUCUGUCCUGCAUGGUGGCAGCGUUUGGACUAUGCCUCGCCUCGCUGGGGCUCAAAUGUACCCGCUGGGGGGGCAGCCACCGAGCGAAGGGGCAUACAGCCAUCGCUGCAGGGGGCUGCUUCAUCCUGGCCAGCUUCCUCUGCCUGGUCCCUGCGUCCUGGUUCACCAAUGAAGUCAUCACCGCCUUCCUGACCACGGACCUGCCGGACAGCAGUAAAUAUCAGCCUGGAGGAGCUCUAUGUGUGACGUUUAUCUCGGCUGGCUUCCUCCUGGCUGGAGGGGUCAUUUUUUGUUUGUCAUGUCCUGGAAAAAGAACAAGACGACCGGACUACACUUCCUCCAGCAACCCUGACAGACCUGUACUGUACCACGAUGGGCAGCGGAGACGGGAGCUGCGGACGGAGCGAGAACAGCCAAAAAAAAGACAAAACAAAACUGUCCAGCUGCAGAUGAAAUGCAAAGUGAAGCAGGAGAAAGCUCUGCAGGAGAAACCUGAAAAGGACCAGGAGCAGAGGCUCUACUCGUCUCCUUCCAAACUCCCUCAAAAAGACAUCAAGGACAGCUACAGCCUCCAGGAAUAUGUUUAA